GGCAAGAGAGAAAGAGAGUUUUCUCCAUAUCUCUGCGGCCUUUCUCACUAAUGCCUCCCUCUUAAACCUACUAGACCAAAUAGAUCACCCCGUCCUGUUUUUCUCUCUCUCUUUUGCUACCUUUCUUUCACACAACUCGUUAUCAAAGGGCCAACAAAAUUUAAAAAAAAAAAAAAACAAAGCAGAUCCAAGGUGGUGGUUAAGCUGUCAUUCCCAUCAAUCAAUCAAUCAAUCAAAAACAAGACCAAUCAUCAAUCAGAGUGUGUGUGUGUGUGUUUUUUUUUUCUUUACUUUUCUUUCUAUCUCUCUUUUGUUUAUAAAAGAAAAGAGGAAUCAAGUCCAAAAAAAAUGUCAUCCUCUUCUGCUUCAACAUUGUCGCUGGACCACCUCCCUCCUUCCGAGCAACUCUGUUAUGUCCAUUGCAACAUUUGCGACACUGUCCUUGCGGUGAGUGUUCCUUGUACCAGUUUGUUCAAGACAGUCACCGUUAGAUGUGGGCACUGCACCAAUCUGCUUCCUGUGAACAUGCGUGGCUUGCUUCUGCCAUCGGCUAAUCAGUUUCAUCUGGGUCACUCUUUCUUCACUCCUUCUCAUCAUAAUCUCCUGGAAGAGAUUCCAAACCCAACCCCAAACUUUCUGAUGAAUCAAACAAACAUGACUGACUUUGCUGUACCGCCUAGAGGAGUAGCUCAUGAUCAUGAACUUUCAAGGCCUCCUGUUAUUAACAGACCCCCGGAGAAGAGACAGAGAGUCCCCUCCGCAUACAAUCGUUUCAUCAAGGACGAGAUCCAACGCAUCAAGUCAGUAAACCCUGAUAUCUCCCACAGAGAAGCCUUCAGUGCAGCUGCUAAGAAUUGGGCUCACUUUCCACACAUUCACUUUGGUCUCAUGCCUGAUCAGUCUGCGAAUAAGAAGACAAACGUUCGCCAGGAAGGAGAGGACGUUCUGAUGAAAGAUGCAGGGUUUUUCGCUUCGGCUAAUCAUGUUGGUGUUGCCCCUUACUAAUCAAGGAGUACUACAUAUAUGAAGUUCGUUGUGACUUUGAAGUGAUGAUGAUCUUACCAAGACCAACCAAUAUGGAUAAUAUAAUAUAAUAUGGUAGUAGAAGAGGCUUUUAAUUUUAAUCUAAUUAAUGUCGAUACCUGCCUAGAACAUAAGCUUCUAGAUCUUUUAUCCCUAAAUUCCGCUGAACAAGGACCUUUUGUGUUUCAAGACUUUUCAUCUUUUAUUAUGCUAAGCUAUGAGUACAAUGCUCACUUAUGUA